AUGGCGGAGUACGUGUACUCGCGACAAUUGUUGACGGCGAACGAGCAACGGACGGCAAGAGCGUCAAGGUUCAAGAUUGAAGACGGACGAUGUCAAGGCGUUGGUAACGUUAAAGGGGUGGCUGCAGAAUUCAACUUCUCUGUGGAUCCUGAGGCAGCCUUCGUCGUGCUGAGUGGAUUCCAGUGUCGCAUCAAGCAAAUCGGCUGGGAGGUCUGCCAGAACAGUUGGUUGCCAUGGGACUGGUAUGAAGACUGGGUGAGCACGCCCGGCAAGAGAGGCCGCCUCGUGAAAGCCGUCACGGUCGGUUACGUGGGACGCUUGAAGAACGCGGCGCACCCGGGAUUCCGCGCGUGCGACCUGCUCGUUAUGGCGGCCCCCCCUAAUGAGGACGUCGUCGCCAAGUCUGAGGGCGUCUACGCGUGCGUUGAGCUGCGUGGAGAGGUCACCCGAGGUCAGAUGGUGUGCGAUUGGAGGCACAAGCUGCAGAAGAAACCAAACGUGGAUGUCGUUCUCGAACUGAACAUGGACAGAGCGCGGUUAAUGUUUGAGCAGAUGCUGCUGUAGCUGUCGCGCGUGGCGCCACCUGGCAGACAGAAUAUUUUUCAGGAAAAGAUUUUUUUCAAGUACUGUUAGAAAAGGUCCUAUUUUUGCUAUUAAUUUUCAGUUAAUGUAUUUUGUGAUCGUAAUGAAACUAUUUGAUUAUGCAACGACGUUGGCAGGAAUCAAAAGAAUGAUAACAAACUGGUCGAUUGUCUGGUGGUCCUUGUUAUUUUAUUGGACCUCGGUCGACAGAUCAUGUCAGUUAUUUUAGGCGUGAACAAUUGCCUUUGAUCCCCAAUAUUAUAAACACUAUGCAUGAUAUCAGGAGUGGAUAAUAGAGAUAUUCCAAAAUCCCCUUUCCAAAAUGGUAGUUUUGAUGCUAUCGGAAGAGAUCUGCAUUAUUUACAAGUCACGUAGGAUUUCCUGGUUGUUGAUCCAUUUUGUAAUGUAUGUUCAUGAUGUAACAAAAUUGCUGAAGACUAAAUAACAAAA